UUUUCCAUCCAUAGUAGGGUACCGGUUGUAAAAAAGAAACGCGGAUUAUUUUUUAGUUUUUAUUUUAUCUGUGUUUUAAAUAAGUUAACCCUAAGGUGUCCCCACGCCUCAUUGCUAAAAUACAUCCGUGGUGUCAAUAGAUAUGCAGCUUCCCGCAAAUUUCCAUGCAAACUAAGCGUUUAUCCCGCGCCACAACGUAAACACGUGAAGUACCACAACAAAAGGGAGGUGGAGGAGGCGCCAUGGCCAUGCCGGAGAACCUACAGUUCCCCGAGAUCAACAUUGAUCACCUUCUGGGCCAGUGCGCUCAAGGGGGCACUUUCCUGACCCCGCAGUUUCGGCACUCUUCGAUACCCAAGAGCAACACCAACGCCCAGUCCAAGCGUCGCCGUCUGUCCGAGCGGAUUUGCGACAAUGAUGAGUUGAUUCGGAAACUGAAGCAGCUGCAGGGCCACAAUCAAAAACUGACCGAUACGCAGCGGACAGCGAAGGAGGUGACCGAUCUGUACACGAAAGAGAAGCAACAGAGGAUUGAGCUGGAGAGGCAGUGCCAAGAACUCGGUGGCCGCUGCAACGAGCUGGAAAUAAAACUGGAUGCACAAGUCACCAACUGUGAGAAUCUGGAGGAGGAGCUGAAGGUCAGGGCCCUGCCGAUGGAUGCCAAAGACCUGGUCGAGGCCUACAUGCAACUCGCGCACAGAGUUGGCGACGAUGCCGGGCUCCCGCGACGUGAACAGAAUAUAAUGAAAAAAGUCAGAGACUACUGCAAGUCGGCAAAGAUCGCAGUGCCAGAGCCGAAGAGUCCGAAUACGAAAGCGAAGCGGAAAGGAAACCAAUCAACGAUGAAAACGCAAUCCACGCAAACUUCGACCAAGCUGGCGACCAAUACGUGUUCCAUUGGGGUGCAAGUGGUGAAUCUGGUAGAGACCCGCAAUCAGGGGACGCAGCAUAAGAACACCACAACCACAAGAGGCACCACCACGGCCUCCUUCAUCAAGUACCGCGAUGUGGGCACUUGCUUUCCGGAACCGAAGCCCCCGCCGAAUGUGCGACAAAUCCUAGAUGAGAUGCUAUCCUGGCACAGCCACGAUAUCGCCAAGCCCCUCAGCCCCAUAAUGGAUCCUUUGUUUGUGGUGGAGGAAGACAUCCCCAUCCACAAGACAUCCACCACAGACGUGGGCACCUGCACCAUGCUGUGCAAUGUGCACCGAGAGAUCGACUUCAUGCCGGAGGUGCCGUCACAGCUGAAGGUCUCCACAUCUCGGCCACCCUCGCGCACCAUGCUCGAAAGUGUGAAGGAUGAGACACUGACGGGGGGCGGCAACGUUCCGGCUGGCCACAACAAGGAGUUUGCCAGGGAGAUUCUCAACUUUCUACCUCACAACCAAAGCUGCCUCGCUAACCUGCCGCCCCAGGCAUUCGAUGAGCUGUGGCAGGUUAUUGGUCAAAUGGUUCUCUGUCUGCUCCACAGGCGUUCGAACCCACCACAGUCACCGCCGCCCAGCAUCAAUCAAAUGGACUUCACCAGCUGGCUCUAUGCCCUUUACGAGGGCACACUGACCCAUCCGGUGAUUGAGAAGCAGCUUGGGCCCGAGCAUGCAUCCAGCGGAAGCAGCAAGAAAGAUAACUACGAGUCGGACACAGAUGGCCGGGGCAUGGAUGUUGGCACCGAUCCCAUGGACUUAAUCGCCGAAUCGCCCAACAUCAGCAUCAGAGGGGAGCUCACGCCGAUCCAUCUGCCACCGAAGCCACCAAAGCCACCGAAAGAACGAAAGCAAAAGUCUAGAAAACGCAAAGCAGCUUCGCUUCUGAAGCCCAUCCCCAAGCGAAAGCCUGUGGAACUGCCCUCGCACGAAGCACCACUCCAAGUGGCCAAUGAGUCAAUGCAAGUGCACCAGGAAGUGGAGUGCCCAGCACCAGAGACGGCGAUUCAAUUCAUAAGCAAUCUAAACACCUUCAACAUACCCUACUGUGAUAAUCUGGACUAUGAAUUGGAUUCGGAGGAGCGGUAUUUGCUUCACUUGACCACCAAUGGCCCUGGCAUACAAGGGACAGAGCCAAGAGGCGGCGAAACAGAUGAGGAUGUGCAACUUUCUAAAGGCAAUUCUGAUGAAGAAACUUCUCUGGAACAGCCGCAACCUGCGCAAGAGGAACUCAAUGAGAAUGUGGAACAUGCUACGAGCGAAACAGAUUCAUGGCCAGUGGAAUGCAAUUCUCAAGUCUUCACUGACGAAGACACUUCUCCAGAACAGCUGCUGCCCAUCCAAGAGGAACUAAUUGAGAGUGAGGAAGAUGCUACGAGCGAAAACCACUCAUUGCCCGCGGAAUGCAAUUCACAAUUCGUCACCGAUGAAGAAACUUCUCUGGAACAGCAAACCAAACUCAGUGAGAAUGAGGAUGUUAGGGCGCCAGGGAUAUGUGGCAAUAAUAUGCCAUUUUUCCUAGAUGACAAAGAGGACAGGGCAGAACCAGAACAAGCAGCAGAUCCACCCAAACUAUCAACGGCAGUGCACACGAAUUUUAAUUUGGAGCUGUUCGGCAGCGAGUCAGACUCGGAAGGUGGUGCUACGAGCGAGGAGCAGCUGCCUUCGGAUUCGUUUGAUUUCAGUUGUAGCACCAGUGAGGAAUCGGAAGAUGAGUCGCAACUAGUUAUAGAGGAAGAAAGCUGCUCACCGACACCACAAUCCCCGAAGGCACAAUCCCCGAAGGCACAAUCCCCGAAGUCACAAUCCCCACUGCGAUCGGCCUUUAGUCCGCUCAAAAGGAACGAACGAGCAAGCGAGUCGCCGCAAAAAGAAGUUCGUUUAACUCGAUUGAGAGCCAAGCAGAUCGAAAUGGAACAGAAUAGCCUGAAAGAGCAACUGGCAAAAGAUAUUGAUACAAAAGGAGAGCAGACGCCAAAACAGGAAGAUGAAAGGAGAGCAGAGAGAAAGGAGACGAAGGAAAUGGAGCACAAGACAUCUUCUUGCUAUGACUUGGAGUCUCCAGCCUCACCCCCUUCCCAGGAGACGAACGAUAGCGACAGUCCACCCAUCGAGAUCCCAUUGGAGCUGUCAGGGUGCCCAAGGGGCGACGCGGAACCCAAGGCUAUGCUUAUGCAUGUUCUGGAGGCCCCCAAGGGUAGAGUGAAGGGUCCUAAGCAUCACAGCCAGACGCAGCUUGAUAUGCUGUGCUCCACAAUAAAAAGAUAUCUCACGGACACCAUGCAACUCGACUCCACAUGCAGCGACUUCUCGUUGGAGGUCUUUAAGGUAACGCAGGAUGUGGCUGUCAUUGUCCAUGUGAUGUUAAAAACAUUCUGCCAGAUGACCUACGAUUGGACGGAGCCCCAGCCAAACGACCCGCUGGAUCGCCUGCUGAAUGCCCUCAGAUACUUUGAAGUGUUUAGAGGCCAGAGCCAACCCUCCUACACGCAGAGCUUCUUAUGCGCGCUGGAGAAGCGUCUCUUCAGGCUGACCAAGGAAAGACUGCAGUGGGACUGGUCCAUUACGUGCGUCAAACUCUACCUGCAGAUGGUGCGACUGCAGCUAAGCCAUUCGAAUCCGGAGACCUACGAGAACCCGUCGCGCUUGCUGCUUGCAAAAAUACUCUAUCACUACGACAAGGAAGUGCCGCAGCUGGCGUACGAGGUGUUGUGCUGCCAUCCCACGGUGCUGCCCCACCGCGAGGAGCGCGAGUACAACAACUCCGAUCCCCUGAUCACUGUGAUCAAGCACCUGCUGAUGAGUCGGAAGUACGACGUGGGUGAGCCCAAUGGAAGUGGACGAUUGCUGCUCUCCAAGCUUCGCUUCGAGUAUCACUUCCAGCCCUUUGAGCCCACCAGCGAACAGGUGCUGGAGAACCUGGUGAGCAAGCUGAAAGUGGGCCACCUGGAGCAGCUGAGCUACGCCUUUGCCCUCUUCUGCCGUCGCAGCACGAGAGUGGAUGUGCUGAACAAUGUGCUCGCCCAGCACCUGGUGCCGCUCGCCUCCAGCUACUGUGAUCUAAGUGCACACACCGAUGCGUACGAUGUCCGACUCGCGGGAAUUCUGCAGUGUAUAUCGGUGGUUGUGAAGCCGCUGCCCAUCGAGACCGAUAUCUCCGGCUAUAUGGGGCUGUUCAAGCGCCUGCUCGUGGCGGUGCCACGGCCCGGCGUUCAGGAGGCAGCCGUUCAGGCCAUCUUGCGGCUGCAACGGUUCGGCUUUAAGCACGCCCUCGAUGCCCUGCAGAACUACAGACCCAACUACCAGCUGUCGCCCCUGACACGCGCCAUGAUGCGCAGCUUUGUGCAGCGGCGGCGCGUCUUUCAUUUCCAGAUGAAGCAUGCCCAGACCCAACCGCAUGAGGCGGGGAAACGAGAUUGAUUCUUUUAUAUGAAUUGCAACUAUUUAUUUAUAUUGUAAUAUAUAUUUUAUGUAUAGAUUUUGGAUUAAACUAAAUGCCAACUGCAACU